AGGUGUUGUGUUUGUCCCUUGCAAUUACAUAAACACAGCAGAACUCAUUAAAAAGGGGAGCCGGGAGCCGAGCCGGGCGUCGGGGAACAUCUAGCCGGUGGAGCACAUUUUCCCUACGUUAGACCUCAGCCGGAGUGGCGUGCAGCCCUCUCGCGACACACUCGGAGCCCAGAGGAAAAAGUUUGAGGUUUUACAUUUCUGUUUGUGGUACAGAAAGAGGCGUGUGAUCCGAGGGCUCGAUUCGGUGAAAUCACGUUGCCUUUAUACACAGUUGCUUCCCCAGGAGGGCAGGAGUUGGAAGCGACCGUGCGGAGACGUUGAAGAUUUGCUGGCAGAGGGAAACGGAUUUUUUUUUCCCUCCCUCCCUCCCUGCCGAGGAAAAACAGUCCUAACGGGGAGUUACUCUGUGCUUUUAACUCGUAUUCAAAUCCUCCCGGCCCCAGAAGCUGCUGUUGAUCGCCGGUGACUUCUCCAUCAGGCUCAGAGGGAACUUUCAGGGCUGCCCCUUGUCCCCAGAGAGUGGCCAUGAGUUUGCAGAAGAGGAUCUUCCCUCGAAGAGAGAAUGGGACCCGUGAAGUGGUGGCUAAGCCCUGUCCAGUCGCCACUCGUCCACCGAGGUCCAGAGAGCCAGACAGGAGGAAAGGCAGCUGCACCUCGUCUCUGAGGAUGGAGCCGCACAGCCGUGCCGGAAAGAGCAGAAAAUCCACCAAAUUCCGGUCCCUCUCCCGGUCCCUGAUCCUCUGUCAUGCUAAGACCAGCGACGAGGGCUCCAGCCCUGACGAGAAAUAUCCUGAUCCCUUUGGACUUUCUCUGGGCCGGGGCGAGGAGGGGAUUUUCCACUCAUCUGUGCAGCUGGCAGACACGUCGGAGGCCGGGCCCAGCAGCAUUCCUGAUCUCGCACUGGCCUCUGAGGCCGCUCAGCUCCAGACGGCUGGGAGCGACCGAGGCAAGACCUGUAGGAGGAUGUUCUUCACGAAGGAAGCUUCUACAACUUCCUCUCGAGAACAGUCCGGAAAACUAGAAGCACAAAGCAGUAACUUCCUGCUUCCCAAAGCCUGUCACCAGAGGACACGCAGCAACUCAACCAGUGUCAGUCCCUACUGCCCAGGAGACAUUGAUUUUCCGCUGACCGAGAAAUCCGCAGCGUGCGCUGACCGGCAGCCGUACUCCCUCUGCAGUAACAGGAAGUCGCUCUCACAACAGCUGGACUGUCCUGCAGGAAAGGCCGUGGGCGUCUCCAGACCAACGCGGUCGCUGAGCACCGCUCAGCUCCUGCAGCCCUCAGGGGGCCUCCAGGCUUCCGUCAUCUCCAACAUCGUGCUGAUGAAGGGCCAGGCCAAGGGCCUGGGCUUCAGCAUCGUUGGGGGAAAGGACAGCAUCUACGGCCCCAUCGGAAUCUACGUUAGAACCAUCUUUGCGGGUGGAGCCGCGGCAGCCGACGGACGCCUACAGGAAGGCGAUGAAAUCCUGGAACUCAACGGUGAAUCGAUGGCCGGACUGACGCACCAGGAUGCCCUGCAGAAGUUCAAGCAAGCCAAGAAGGGGCUCCUGACGCUCACGGUGAGAACCCGCCUGACGGCCCCCCACGCCCUGGGCGGCCCCCUGUCUCCCCCGCUGAGCCGUUCCCUGAGCUCCAGCACCUGCGUCGCCAAGGACGGCAGCGCCUUCCUCCUGGAAAGCCCCGCGGCUCCUGCCAGCACCGCCAACUAUAGAAUCAUGCUGGAGGUGUCUCUGGAGAAAGAGGCCGGCGUGGGGCUGGGCAUCGGCCUGUGCAGCGUGCCCUACUUCCAGUGCAUCUCCGGCAUUUUCGUGCACACCCUCUCUCCGGGAUCUGUGGCGCAUCUGGACGGACGACUCCGGUGUGGCGAUGAGAUUGUGGAGAUCAACGAUGCCCCUGUGCACUGCAUGACGCUCAAUGAAGUCUAUGCCAUCCUGAGCCACUGUGACCCCGGUCCCGUCCCCAUCAUUGUCAGCCGACAUCCAGACCCACAGGUCUCUGAGCAGCAGCUGAAAGCAGCAGUGGCCCAGGCCGUGGAGAAUAUCACGUUUGGGAAGGAGAGGCAUCAGUGGAGUCUGGAAGGUGUCAAAAGGCUGGAGAGCAGCUGGCACGGGCGGCCGACCUCGGAGAAGGAGCGCGAGAAAAACUCUGCGCCCCCACACCGCAGGGCCCAGAAGGUCAUGAUCCGCUCCAGCAGUGACAGCAGCUACGUGUCCGGGUCCCCAGGGGGCAGCCCCGGCGUUGGCGGUGGCGAGCAGCAGCCCUCCGACCUGGAAGUCGGCCCGCACGGCCCCAGCCUGCCCCUGGGGCGGGGGCCAGGGGUGCCUCCCGUGGCAUCACCUGGGCCCCCCCAGGAGAGUCCACCGCCCCCAGAGAGCCGGGACAGCCACCCGCCCCUGCGGCUGAAGAAGUCCUUCGAGAUUCUGGUGAGGAAGCCCACAUCAUCCAAACCCAAGCCUCCGCCCAGAAAAUACUUUAAAAGUGAUGGUGAACCCCAGAAGAGUCUGCAGGAGAGAGAGGACGCCUUCUGCCCUCAGGGGCACAGCUCGCCCCCCUGUGCCCAGGAAGCCAGAGAGCGGCUGCCAGCGCAGGAAGACACAGCAGGGAGAGCCCCCUGUGCUGCCGUCUGCUGCCCAGGACCUGCAGCCGGCCCACGGACAAGGUCAUCCCCAGAGGGCGAGCCGGGGAGGAGAGAAGCCGGCCCAGUGACUCAGACAUCCCCAGCAAAGCACCCCCUGCUUAAGAGGCAGGCUCGGAUGGACUGUAGCCUCGACUCCACCGCCGAAGACCCCUGGGUUAGAAUCUCUGACUGCAUCAAAAACCUCUUCAGCCCCAUCAUGAGUGAGAAUCACGGCCACCUGCCGCUCCAGCCCAACGUCAACCUGGGUGAGGAAGAAGGGCCGCGGGGCCACCCCGAUGGGACCCCGCUGAAGCUGGACGCCCCCAACGGAGCUCCCAAGCUUUACAAGCCGGCAGAUGGCAGCACGGUGAAGAAGGGGCCUCCUGUGGCCCCCAAGCCAGCCUGGUUUCGCCAAAGCUUGAAAGGUCUGAGGGGUCGUGCUCCAGACCCCAGGCGGCUGCCGGACGCGGCCUCCGGAGCCCAGGCAGCACCCGCCCCCAGGGAGCGCCCAGGGGUCCCUGCACGGGCCGCCUCCUCCAUCAGACAGAGGAUCAGCUCCUUUGAAACCUUCGGCUCCCCUCAACCGCCCGACAGAGGCCUUCAGAGACUGAGCCUCCACUCCUCCUCAGGCGAGGCGGCCAAACCCCCUGAGAGGCAAGAGGCGGGAUGGGUCUCCAGCCCCGGGAGGCGAGGGGCUCCCCCCACCGCUGAGCAGACGCAGCCAGAGCAGGAGCGGCUUCCGCCCACUUCCCCCGCAGCCUCGGAGGCUGGUGACCCCAGUGGGUCGGGGUCCCCCGCCCCGGUGCGGCAGCCCAGUCAGAAAGCCCUCCUGGCCGACCCUGACCCCCUCUCGAGGCUGCCGUCCACACCACCUGAGGGGUCUCGGGUCACCGUGGUCAAGAUGCCAAGCCAGCGGGCACGCAGCUUCCCGCUGUCCAGGACCCAGUCCUGCGAGAUGCAGCCGUUCGACGAGAAGAUCAGCAAGCUCUACUCCAUCAGCAGCCAGGUGUCCUCCGCUGUCAUGAAGUCGCUGCUGUGCCUCCCGUCCUCCUUCUCCUGCGGCCAGACUGCCUGCCUCCCCAAGGAGGCGGCCUCUCCAACGUCACCGUCUGGGGAAGACCCGGCUGCCAGCAGCUCUGCCGAAACGCUGGCCUCGGACACGGGCUUCUCGCUCAACCUUUCGGAGCUGAGAGAAUACACGGAGGGUCUCAGCGAGCCCGCGGACGCCGACGACUUGGACCACUGUGCCCUUCAGUCGGGCCAGUCGGUCAUCUCCCUGCUGAGCUCCGAGGAGUUGAAGAAGCUCCUGGAGGAAGUGAAGGUUCUGGAUGAAGCAACGUUAAAGCAACUAGACAGCAUCCACGUCACCAUCCUGCACAAGGAGGAAGGGGCCGGCCUCGGGUUCAGCUUGGCGGGAGGAGCGGAUCUGGAAAACAAGGUGAUCACGGUCCACAAAGUGUUCCCGAACGGCCUGGCCGCCCAGGAAGGCACAAUUCAGAAGGGGAACGAGGUCCUGUCCAUCAACGGCAAGUCCCUCAAAGGCGCCACGCACAAUGACGCCCUGGCCAUCCUCCGCCAAGCCCGGGACCCUAGGCAGGCCGUCAUCGUCACCCGGAAGCCAACGCCGGAGGCCGUGCCCGAUCUGAGACACUCCACCGACUCCGUGGGCUCAGCCUCCGCGGCCAGCGACACUCCUGCAGAGUCCACGGAGGCCACGGUCUGCACGGUGACGCUGGAGAAGACCUCCAUGGGGCUGGGCUUCAGCCUGGAGGGCGGGAAGGGCUCCCUGCACGGGGACAAGCCUCUCACCGUUAACCGGAUUUUCAAAGGGGCGGCCUCAGAGCAGAGUGAGACGGUCCAGCCUGGAGACGAGAUCUUACACCUGGCCGGCACUGCCGUGCAGGGCCUCACGCGGUUUGAAGCCUGGAACGUCAUCAAGGCGUUGCCCGACGGGCCCGUCACGAUCGUCAUCAGGAGGAAAAGCCUUCAGUCCAAGGGGACCACAGCCGUUGGUGACUCCUAGGCGGAGCGCCGAGGCCAACAGCACGCGGCUCCUCACGGCCGCUCGUUCUCAGGGUCACUGCUAACCACGCCCGGUGGGGGACAGCACACGGGGGCCUCCUGGUGGCUGCUGCUCUGCUCUGGACCCUCUGGGACACCCCCUGUAAGAGGGUUGUCCCAAAGGUAAGGGCGGCGUCACACUGGGGCUGACACAACUACAGACUAUGUCUAGAGAGAGCGCGAUGCUCAUAUUAUGUAGAACUGUAAAUAAAGAGGAUUUAUUACCAUUUGAUCUGAAACCCGUGUCCCGCUUUGCAGAUUUUCCCAGGACUUUAACUGUGUGGCCGUCCACCACAAACAGUGACAUUUGUUUUUCUCAUGAAUGGGCAACAUGGGCAGAGCUCAGGGGGGCGGUGUGGACAGUUCAUCCUGCUCACUUGGUGUCAGCAGGAGCAACUCAAAGGUUCAAAGGUCGCGCAC